AGACAACUAAAGCAAAUCUUUUUGCUGAUGACACAAGCCUUUCUUGUGAAGGGUUUAGUCCAUAUGAAAUUGAGAUCAAACUUAAUAAAGACAUUGAAAAUGUUCAUAGGUGGUUGACAGCUAACAAGCUCUCAUUAAAUAUGAAAAAGA